AUGGCGUCACCAAAUACCUCUCGUCGCCGACCUCACAGCGAAGAUGAAGAAAGUGAAGAGCUUACUUCAUCCCCCUCAUCUCAACCAUCGAGCAACAAACGCGCCCGUCUGAACCCAACCGGCGAUCCCGCAUCAGGAGCUGAAGACGACAGCGAUGGAUCUGGUACACCGACAGCUAUCUCUCGAGCCCCGCGAGCCGUAGCCCACAAUGGCCUCGGUCCCGGUGGCUACAAGCCUGGCGCGAUCGUGCGGAUCAAGGUGACGAACUUUGUUACCUAUACAUCAGCAGAGUUCUUUCCCGGGCCAAAAUUGAACAUGGUUAUCGGUCCGAAUGGGACAGGCAAGAGCACUUUAGUCUGCGCCAUCUGCUUGGGUUUGGGAUGGGGACCUCAGCAUCUGGGACGCGCCAAAGACCUGGGAGAAUUUGUGAAACACGGCGCUCGUGAAGCUAUAAUCGAGAUCGAACUAUGCGGACCGCCAAAGAUUGGUCGCAAUCCUAUCAUUCAGCGAACCAUCAAGCGUGAUGGAAACAAGAGCUCUUUCAUAGUCAACGGUGAUCCCGCUUCCAAGGUUGAUGUUCUCAAACUCGCUCAGUCGUUCGCCAUCCAAGUGGACAACUUGUGCCAGUUCCUUCCUCAGGAUAAAGUUGCUGAAUUUGCUGCGCUUACACCAAUUGAGCUUCUUUAUUCCACGCAAAGAGCGGCAGCUGGCCCAGAGAUGAUUGAAAUGCAUGAUGCCCUGAAGAAAUUAAGAGCCCAGCAGAGGGAACUCGAGAUGGACAACAGUGGUGACAAGGAAACACUAGCCAGUAUGGAGAAUCGUCAAGAGAUGCAACGACCAGACGUUGAAAGAAUGCGCCAACGGGCUGGGAUUCAGCGGAAGAUUGAGAUCCUCGAGCUCUGCCGCCCAAUUGUGGAGUAUAAGGAGCAUCACAAAACUGUUGAGGUCUUGAAGGUUAUCAAAGCUAGAGCCUUGCAAGAAUACAACCGGACCCAAGCAGAAAUUGAGCCUACCUUGCGGGCUGUCAACGCUAAAGAGGCCUACCUCACGUCACUGAACGAGGUGAGGGUUGACCGAACGGAUGCUGUUGAAUCCGCGUCUAGGGUUGCCGCUGAACGCAGCAAGAAAAUUGAUGAAUAUGAGAGCAAAAUCAAAGAUCUCAACGACCGGAUUGAAGCCGAACGGAAGAGUAGUCAAAGGCACAGAACCGAAGCUACAACGGCGCAGCAGGCUCUGAAAAAGUUGCAACGCCAACUAGAGGAAGACGCCGUGGAAUUCGACCCAGAGUUUUAUAACGAGACCUUGAGAGAAAAACGCCGCGAGAAGCGUGUACUAGAGGGGAAGGCCACUGAAAUCAAAGACAGGAGGAAACCAAUCGCUACGCAGCGCGAGCAAGUCACGAAGAACAUUGAACAGACUGAAAAUCAACUGAAGAAUCUGGACUCAGUCUCUGGUCAACAAGAACACAAGUUGGGACAACGGUCCAGAGAUUCGCUGAAAGCCUACAAAUGGCUUCUUGAGAACCAAGACAAAUUCCAGCAGGAAGUCUUUGGUCCUCCAAUCAUUACGUGCUCGGUCACCGACCCUAAAUACGCCGAUGCUGUUGAGUCCUUAUUGUCCAAGACGGAUUUCACGUGUUUCACCACGCAAAACCGGAAGGAUUUCCGUACGUUGCAAGAAUGCCUUCUCGGGACCUUGAAGCUCCAUGAUAUUACCAUCCGCACUUGCACGCAGCCGCGAGCUAGAUUCACGGAGCCAAUGUCGAAGGGUGAAAUUACCCGAUGGGGCUUUGAUGGCUGGGCUAGUGAAUUCCUCGUCGGCCCUGACCCUGUCCUUGCAAUGUUUUGUCUCGAGAAAAACCUUCACGCAACUCCCAUCGCAUUGAAGGAGAUUUCAGAUGAGGUGUUCAAUCAGUUGGAGAAUAGCUCGAUAAGCUCCUGGGUAUCUGACAGGAACGCUUAUCAGGUGACCCGCCGGAGAGAGUAUGGCCCUGGGGCCACAUCGACUCGGGUUCGAGAAAUCAAGCCUGCUACAACGUGGACCUCCCAGCCUGUUGAUGCCUCUUUGAAACAGCAAUACCGGGAGAACAUCGAGCUGUAUAAGGAGCAACUGCAAGGACUUACUAACAAGAUUGAGUCCGAGAAAGCGGCCAUUUUACAGAUACAAGAAGAAUAUAAGCGGUGCACCCAAGAAAUGGAUGAGCUUGAGAAGGAGAAGAUUGCAAAACAGACGGCCCAUACCCAGUAUCGAGCCAUUCCCGAGAAGAUCUCUCAACAAGAGGCCAAAAUCAAGACCAUUACCGAAAUGUUCAAAGAAGUGGGUGAGAGGGUUCGCGAGAUGCGCAACGCGCAAGAUGAUCUUGCAAUUCAAAGGGCUGAGGCUGCUAUUGAAUAUGCCGAUGCCGUCGAGCUGUUCCGUCGGGCUCAUGAGGAACUCAUGAAAGUCGAGGUGCUGUUCUUAGAGGCGAAUUCCGAUCUCCAGACCCUGCGGCAUCGCAACAGCAAUAGUGCGAAGUUACUAGCGGCAAAGAGAAAGGAGGCGCAGGAAGCUACGACCAAGUUGAGAGACACCAAAUUGGCUGGCCGGGCAAUUUACCAAAAGGCUCACCAGAUCAGUACUGAAUUGAAUGAGCAAGAGGAUGCGAAAGAGAUCGUCGACGGGCUCUCAGACCACGAUAUGGACAAACUCGAAGCCGAUAUUGACUCUGAGAAGGCCCGACUGGAACUCACUCAUGGUGGUAGUAGCCACCUGAUCAGUGAGUUUGAAGCCCGUGAAAAGUCCAUCGAGAAGUUGCGCUCCAAACUCGCCGACUUCAGGACCAAGCUUGAGGAGUAUGGCGAAGCCAUUGCGGAAGUCCGUAAGGACUGGGAGCCCCGACUGGAGGCGCUCAUCGAGAAGAUCAGCGAUGCCUUUUCAGACUCCUUCCGCCGCAUCGGAUGCAAUGGCCAGGUCACCUUGGGCAAAGCGGAAGGUGAACCAGGCCCCAAUGGUGAGCCCGGUCCUAGCGAAUUUGCCGAAUGGUCGAUCGUGAUUCAUGUCCAGUUCCGUGAAGGCGCGGGGCUUUCGGUCUUGGAUUCUCAUCGCCAGUCUGGUGGUGAGCGAGCCGUCAGUACCAUCUUUUAUCUGAUGGCACUCCAGUCGCUCUCCGCCUCGCCCUUCCGCGCUGUCGACGAGAUCAAUCAAGGUAUGGAUCCUCGCAACGAGCGCAUGGUCCACGGCCGCCUGGUGGACAUUGCCUGUGCCUCGAACGAGGAGGACGAGAAUGGGAAUGCCGGCGGAGGCGGCCAAUACUUCCUUAUUACUCCCAAGCUAUUGAACGGGCUGUCUUACAAGCCGGGCAUGCGUGUGCUUUGCAUCUACAGUGGAGAGCACAUGCCUAAGGGCCAUGAUGCGGUGGACUUCCGAAAGGCGAUUCAGAACAUGAAGGCAGUCAAAACCGCCCGCGCAAUGAAUGGUACUGCUCCCGCUGCUGCCAUUCGAGCCUGA